UACAACUUGUAAGAGAAAGCCAAAUUUGCAUCUAGAUAAAAACAAGGUACGUUGAUCAUCUCACCUACAAGGACUUCACUUGUUUCAAAACCUGAUUUUCCUUUUUCGGCUUUUGUUUCAUCUUUGGAAUAACUGAAAAAAAUGGAGAAAUCACAUAAAAUUGGGAGAAGAUUCGAAGGGAAGGUGGCGAUUGUCACGGCGUCGACUCAGGGAAUCGGCUUCAGCAUCGCAGAGCGUCUCGGCAUCGAAGGUGCCUCCGUCGUGAUCUCUUCCCGAAAGCAGAAAAACGUGGAUGAUGCAGUUGAAAAGCUUAGGGGGAAGGGAAUUGAGACGUUUGGGAUUGUUUGUCAUGUUUCAAAUGCACAGCAAAGGAAGAAUCUUAUAGACAAAACUGUUCAGAAAUAUGGGAAGAUAGAUGUGUUUAUAUCGAAUGCUGCUGUUAAUCCUUCUGUUGAUUCGAUUUUGGAAACCCAAGAAUCCGUCCUUGACAAGCUAUGGGAGGUUAAUGUCAAAGCUUCUAUACUUGUUUUACAGGAUGCAGCUCCUCACAUGACAAAAGGUUCUUCAGUUGUUUUUAUUUCCUCUAUAACUGCUUUCCAACCUGACCCUGCCGUGGCAAUGUACGGGGUUACUAAAACUGCCCUCUUGGGGCUUACCAAGGCACUUGCUGCUCAGAUGGCCCCAAAUACUCGGGUAAACUGUGUUGCUCCUGGUUUUGUACCAACACAUUUUGCGGAUUUUCUUACAAGAGAUGCUGCUAUCAAGCAGCAGCUUGAGGACAAUACUUUGCUUAAAAGGCUUGGAACCACUGAAGACAUGGCUGCUGCUACUGCUUUUUUGGCAUCUGAUGAUGCUUCUUACAUAACUGGAGAAACACUGGUCGUGGCUGGAGGGACGCAAUCUAGACUCUAAUUCACAUUCUUAUUUUGUAUAUUAGCUCUCGUACAAGAAUUCAUGGAUGAUUAUCAUUAAAACUUCAUAUAUCUAUAGCAGUUAUGCUGGGAAGAACUUGGAAAAAGUUAAUAAUUGGUUGACUCAAGAUAAGUUCUCUGUUUUUUUUAGGAAAUAGUCUCAGAAACUAUCACUAAAAAGCAAAAAACUCAAUGGGACCAAAGAUUAAGAGAUAUCAGGAAAUUACACUACAUAUCUCUUUUAACAUGUUGUCUUUAAUUUUUA